GCCACACUCUAUUUAGUUAAGGGGUUUACAUCAUGAGGGAUGGGUGAACAUGGCCAACAUGAAGCCCUUGAUGACAAGUUCGAAACUCAAGGAGUCAUUCGCCAUAUACGUACCGUGCCUACCGCACGCACGCCGUUGUGUCCGUUCCCUCGGCUAGUCCAGCUCUGGAACGCGAGUCACCACUAAGUUCAGACAGUUUCCAUCGGCCCCUGAUCUGCCUUCUCUUUCUCUCUGUCCACCAUGGGACACUCGACGUCACGGCGACCCAGGUUCCACUUCACUGCAAACAGCUGGAUCAACGACCCAUGCGCUCCUGGCUACGAUCCGAACACCAAGACGUAUCAUCUCUUCUACCAAUGCAACCCGUCCGGAUGCGAAUGGGGCAACAUGUCCUGGGGACACAUCGUGUCCCAGGACAUGCUGUGCUGGACGCCAGCCGACCCGUCCCCGGCGCUCCUCCCGGACCAAGCAUACGACGCCCAAGGGGUGUUCACCGGCUGCUGGAUCCCUCCCGCCAACGAGUCGGACGGUACCUUGCGGGUUGCGUACUCGUCGGUCAGACAACUGCCCUUCCACUGGAGCACGCCGCCGUACCCGCGCAGCGCAGCGGGCUUGGCCAUCGCGCUGUCUCGCGACGGCGGCAAGACGUGGACGAAAUCGGCGCGCAACCCCGUCGUGGCUGGCGAGCCGGCCGGCGUGGCCGUCACCGGGUUUCGGGAUCCGUUCGUGACGGAGUUGCCUCUGAUUCCCUGCGACGCCGAGCGCAGGUCCUCGGAGAGUGGGAGGGGGCCGGUACUCUACGGGCUCGUCUCGGGCGGCAUACAAGACCGCGGGCCGACCGUGUUUCUGUACGAGAUCCGUCGCGACGAUCCUGAAGAGGAGUGGAGAUGCCUUGGUCCCUUGGUCGACCUGCCCGCGCGGUUCCAGCCGUCGCCGAAGUGGAGUGGCAACUACGGCGUCAACUGGGAGUGUGCCAACCUGGUGGCGCUGCGGGCCGAGUCGGAGGUCCGACACUUUCUGAUUCUGGGCGCCGAAGGAGACGUCGAGAAGGAUCAUGUGCGCUCUUAUGAGCGCUCCGUCACGGCCGCGGCGGCGCCGUCGCGGACGGUGAGGGCUCAGCUGUGGAUGUCGGGCCGCCUUGUUGCCAGCGGCGACGGCGGUGUUCGAUUCCAAUACGAACACGGGGGAUACCUCGACCACGGACCGUACUACGCCGCGAACUCGUUCACGGACCCCCGGACUGGUCGGACGAUUGUGUACGGCUGGAUUCCAGAGGAAGACCUGCCCCUGGGCGCCGCUGCGGAAAAGGGCUGGAACGGUUCUCUUGCGGUCCCUCGCGAGAUCUUCCUCCUCCGGAUCCCACGAGUCGUCGGCGCCCUGCGGAGCUCCCUGCGGGACAUCUCUCCCUUCGUGCUCAGGCCGGAGCCGGACGGGGACACAACUACCUUCACCGUCUUGACGUUGGGCGUGAGGCCGGUCGCGGAACUGGCGCAGCUGCGUGAGGCCAGCCAUCAUCAGCACAGUGCAACCGACAUCGCCUUGCCGGAGUCCAACUCGAUCACGAGGCGAGGCAUCUGCCACACCCGCUCUACAAGUUGGGAGCUCGCGGCCACCGUCGCGAUCGGCGCGGGAUGUCAAGACGUUGGCUUCCACCUGCGCCACAACGUAGAUCUGUCCACAUGUACCACGGUGACAUUCUCGGCCGCGACCGAGACCAUCGUUGUCGACCGUCACGCCUCGAACACCGACCCGGCGGUCAACAAGUGUCCGGACGCCGGUCCCUUCACCCUCCUUACAACACGGGACGCCGAUGGAACAGAGAGCAUAGAGAAACUUCGUAUUCGGAUCUUGUCGGAUGGAGACAUCCUCGAGGUAUUCGCAAACGACCGUUUUGCGCUCGCGACCAUGGUGUACUCGGGCUCCGGGCAAGACUUGGGAGGGGUGACGGCCUUCGCGACGGGAAGCGCGGGCAGCGCCGUGUUUGAGACGAUCACGGUAUGGGAUGGGCUGGAGCUGUAAUAGUAG